UUUUUUUUUUUUGCUCGUUUCCAUUUCAAAAUUAUUCAUCACUCAACACAAGUUGAAAAAGUUAUACGACUUACAACUGUUGAAGAAGACUACAAGAAGAAGAGGAAGACCAAUAUACAAUAUGUCAUCGAACUACGCUAACUUAUUACCAGUCAAUGGUAAAUGGAGACAACAAAUUACUGACUUUUUAUCUGAAGAUGUUCCAUCGUUCGAUUUCGGUGCUUAUGUCGUGGGUAACAAAUUAGAAACAGCUUCAUUAUACUUGAAACAAUCUGGUUUGAUUUGUGGGGUUCCAUUUGCUCAAGAAGUCUUUAACCAAUGUGAAUUGGAAGUUGAAUGGUUUCACAAAGAAGGAGAAUUCAUCACCGUUGAAGAAUUAGCUAAACAUGGUGGUAAGAUAGUAGUUGCAACUGUUAAAGGUCCAGCUAAUAAAAUCUUACUUUCAGAAAGAACUGCUUUAAACUUAUUAGCUAGAGCUUCUGGUGUUGCCACUCAAUCGUAUAUCACUAAGAAAUUGGCUGAUGAUAAUGGUUAUACUGGUUUAAUUGCUGGUACUAGAAAGACUACUCCUGGUUUAAGAAUUAUAGAAAAAUACUCUAUGUUAGUUGGAGGUGUUGAUACUCAUAGAUAUGAUCUUAGUACCAUGGUAAUGUUGAAAGAUAAUCAUAUCACUUCUACUGGUAGUAUAACCAAAGCCGUUGAAUCCGCUAGAUCCGUCUGUGGUUUCGCUGUUAAAGUUGAAGUUGAAGUAAGUACUGAAAAAGAUGCUCGUGAAGCCAUUGAUGCUGGUGCUGACGUUAUCAUGUUAGAUAACUUAAAGGGUGCUGAAUUAAUUGAAGUAGCAAAAAGCUUAAAAGAUCAUUAUAAAGGAUCUGGUAAAUCAUUCCUUCUUGAAUGUUCAGGUGGUUUGACAUUACAAAAUUUGGGAGGUUAUUUAUCAAAUGAUAUUGAUAUUUAUUCAACUUCUUCUAUCCAUCAAGGUACUGGAGUUAUUGACUUUUCUUUAAAAAUUAAUCAGUCGUAAAUUCAUUAUAUAUGCUAUAAAGGAAAAUCUAGCAA